UGCAGCAAUAUACUAGUCGAACGCCAUUUUUUGUAUAUGUUGUUAUAUAUUAUUUGAAGAAAAGUAUUCGUAUUUAUAAAAGAAUUGGAAUUUUGUGGUCUAGUUCAUAAUCUGUUUUAUAACUUAUCGUAUGUGCGUUCAAACGAACUACAUUUUUAUUGCAAGUGGUAUUCAGACAUGCGCGAUGACACCAGUCUGAAGAUUGAAUAAGCAUCUUCAUAGAGACGACUUCCUGUCUUUUACUAGUUGUGGCUGAUGUAUUUUAUAUGUGUCAAAAAUGGUGGAAAUAAGGACAAAAUGGGAAAGAAGUAGAAUACUUUAUUCGGCAAAUCAUGACAGAGGCACAUGAAGAUGGCAACUACUUGGUUAGAGUGCGUGCCCAGGUGAUGAUGCGUGACGACAGCACGGGUGGAUGGGUCCCUAUGGGAGGUGGGGGCUUAUCCAACGUGUCUGUCUGCAAACAUGCUGUACCUUGUGAUCUUGGAGAGAACAAACACGAAUACCUUAUUUAUGGGAAGCGUAUUUCCGAUCAGUCAGUAGUCUUCAGUUGCACAAUCAAGAAAGAUUUCGAGUACAAUAAAGUAAUGCCUACAUUUCAUCACUGGAAAACUGGUGACAAAAAGUUUGGACUCACUUUCCAGACCGCAGCAGAUGCUCGGGCUUUUGAUAAAGGAGUUAGAACUGCUGUUGAGGAGUUACUUGAUGGUCUGUCUGAAUGCUCACCCCUUCACAAAUACAAUGCAGAUGUAGGAGACGAUGAUGUAUUUAUGACGCUGAAUCUGCCUGUGGAACGUGGAGAUUCACGUUCAUCAUCAGAUUCGUCGACAACACGCGGAGGAAGUCGUCAUGCAACGCCACCAACGGAACCCCACCAUCUACAUCGCAUACAUUAUGUGACCCGAAGAACUGCGGGAGGUCCGGCGUCUGGCACUCCCACUGACAGACAGUCACAGACUCCAGGUCUGCCAUUGGAGCCCUCAAGUCCACCACCAGUGACAGAACCAGCAACCAAGGAAAAUUACUCAUAUGUGCAGUUAACGGCUGUGCACGAGUAUAUCUAUCCUGUUGUGGAGGAACGGAAACACCGUGAUUCCUCUGGCAGCCUCAAGAAACGCAGCCCACCUGACGCCGGAGGUGGUGGUGCACCAGCCUCUCCACCACCACCAAUUCCACCUCCAGGGGCUGUCAGCGGAAAAGGUCGUGGAACUAUUGGUGUAACUUCUGGUAGGCGUAGGCGUUGCCGUCACUGCCAAGAAAUGUAUCUGGAGGACCACAAUCCCCGUGGCAGCUGCGAGUAUGCACCCGAUUGUGUGCGUACUAGUAUUGAAAGAGUGGCAUGUGUUUCCUGUGCGCAGUGUCUCGUGUACCAUUGCGCAGCAGAUGCAGAAGGUGAAUUUGUACGGCAUCCUUGUGAUUGUGGUCGUGAUGAAGGCUGUGGACGGCGUUGGGUGGGCCUAGCUCUGCUGUCGCUGCUGGUUCCCUGCCUAUGGUGCUACCCUCCUCUCAGGGCUUGCCAUUUGUGCUGUGUAGCUUGUGGUUUGUGUGGCGGUCGUCAUCGACCGGCUUCCUAGCCCAGCCCACCCCCGCGCCUUCCAAAGGUGCUGUUGCCCUAAAGGGCUUUCAAGAGAUUGCAGAUUUGUGAGACUUCCUUCUCCUUGAAUCAGAAUGCCCAACUGGCUCACAGGGAAUUUUAGGGAAAACACCAGUAACCAGUGCCAUGCCACAGUUACUGAUGGCUUUUCAUUGGCAUCUUUGUUCAGUAGUCCAUAGGAUGUUGCCCCUCUUACAAGUAAAAAGUUGAGGUUCACAGUCCUCAGUGGCGGGCUCUGUAGACACAUAGGUGACACUGCUUUGUUUAAGGUACCCCUUGUGUAAUUGCCAGGAGUUGUGCGAUAGGUUAAUGUUAAUGUGAAGUUGCUAACAAGUGCCACAGAAGAAAUUGUUGUGUCAAAUAGGCUGAUCCCCAGAUACUGUGCAGCGACUUGCUUUGUUAUGGAAUUGUGUGUCAUUUCCAUUUUGCUGAAAUAUCUGUGUAUAGUUAUUGUGGCCUGAAGCUGCACAGUUAUGUUAAUCACUGAGUACAGGCAAGACAGUGUGGUGUGCCAAAGGUGAGAAUGUUAAACUGUAUUUUCCAGUUACACGUACAGAUGAAAAUUUAUCCCACCGGACAGGUAUUAGUCAGCAACUGUCAGAUUUAUUGAAAGAUGCACUUGAUAUGGAAAUCGUUAAAAUAAUGUGAAUACCAUUGUACCAAGGGGAAGUUGUGAUGGGUUUGACUACAGUCUCCCACAAGAAUGUUGGUUUCACUCAUGGUAUUACCAAAGAAAAUGUAACUGCCACUAAUUUUUCUCGUAGUUUUGUAUACAAUUGAAACAAUUGCAGGAUAAAUAUUGGCCUAUUGGAUACAGAAUGUGGGUGCAGAAAUAUUUGUCAACAUGCUGCUAUAAAUCCACUUCUGUCACACAAAUUAUCCUGCAGUUGAAAUGGUGAAUGUUCUUUGUGUUAACUACUUUGAACAAAAGUAAUGGAGAUUGUGUUGAUUUUUAACCUGAAAUGGAGAAAAAUUCUAUUUGGUCUGUAUUGUCAUAAAAAAAAAAAAAAACACUGCUCAUAUGACCUGG